UGGCGCCUUAAUAUGAGUACUCCCUGUGAGAAGUGUAAAACUUGUCCUUGUCGGCCAAAACAGGAAACUCCGCCACCUUCCAAGAGUCCAACACAGCGACAAUCCCUGCCAGAGCAACAACAGCAAACCACUUUGUAUCGCCUGACUGAACAACCAACAUUAUCACCUCAACAUCAAGAACAGCAGCGAGCGUAUUUGCAUCGCGGAACUGAACAAUCAACAAUAUCAUCCAACCGACCACAAGAACAGCAGCGAUUGUAUUCGUAUCGCGGAACUGAACAAGCGUUCCCCCAAGAUCAAGAACAACUGCGAUCAUAUUCAUAUCGCGGGGCUGAUCGACCAUCAGCAUCCAGCGAACAACAGAAACAACAGCGAUCAACUUCGUAUCGCGGGGCUGAACAAUCGUCCAUAGCAUCCACCCGACAAUACGAACCACAUCGAUCUAGUUCGUGUCGCGCAACUCAACAAGCAAUACCAUACAGCCGACAAGAAGAACAACAGCGAUCAUAUUCGUAUCGUGCAACUGAACAAUCUGUAGUAGCCCCCCAAACAAAAGAACUACAUCGAACAAAUUCGAAUUGCUCGUGUGAAUUAGAAAUAGUAACCUCCCGACAACCACAGGAAUCACAUCGAACAAGAAUAUCAUCCACCCAACAAGAACCACAUCGAACAAGUUCGUGUAGAACGACACAAUCAAUACCAUCCACUCGACAACAAGAAGAACACCUAUCAAAUUCGUUUGGCUCGAGUGAACCAGAAAUAUCAAGCACUCGACAACAAGAUCACCAUAAAUCAAGAUCGUGUCGAGCGACUCAACAACGAAUCGCAUCCACCCAACAACACGAAGAACAGCUAUCAAAUUCGUAUGGCUCAAGUGAACUAGAAAUAGAACCAACUCGAUCAAAUUCGUAUCGAGCAACUCAACAAAUACCAUCCACCCGACAACAAGAACAACAGCGUUCAUAUUCGUAUCGACCGACUGAGCAUUCAACGGCAUCCCCUCAAGAUCAAGAAAAACAACGAUCAUAUUCGAAUCGAGCGACUGAACAAGAGCAGGAGCAACAGCGAUUAAAGUCAUAUCGAGCAACUGAACAAUCGGUAGCAUCUAUUCGACAACAAGACCAACAACGGUCACAAGAACAGCAGCGAUUGUAUUCGCAUCGAGGAACUGAACAAUCAGUAGCAUCCCCACAACAACAGCGAUCACAUUCACAUCCUGCGACUGAUCAGGCGAUAGCAUCCCCACAACAACAACAGGAAUACGAACUCCUUGCUCGUUUAAAUAGUGCGCCUCAGCAACAAGUAGAAUCCCCCCGAGGAACGGAUCGACAGCCAACUUCGCAUCGAGCGACUGAGAGUGCAAUGGGUUCUCCCCGACGACGCGAGUCACAGCAACCAACCACGCGUACCGCGCCUGAUCAAGUAAUGCCUCGACGAACGGAACCACAGCCAACGACUUCGUAUUAUGCCAAUGAGCAAGUGAUCUCACCCCAACAACACCAGCAGCAACCGCAACAGCAAUCGCAAUCGCAACAGCAACCGCAACAGCAACAGGUCACAUGUGAUCAGCAUGUAUGUGAGCCGCGAGGGGGGCAGGCAGCUCAACCGGUGCAGGCAACACAGAUGCAAGGUAGACCGCGCGUCGACUGUCUCUGUGCAGGUAAUCGAGCUAAUCGCGGCCAAAAGAAUCAAUCACCAUUCCAGGCGCCACUGGCCGAUACCUACACAUGUUCGCGUCCACGAGCCGAGCCAUCGCGACGAGUCACCCCCGUGGAGGAGCUGUGCACCUGCAAGGCAAAAUCUGCGCCGCCGCAGUGCGAAUGUGCGCCACCAGUUGUGCAGGAACAGCCACGUGCACCGCCAACACAUGCGCACAUCACAUGCGGCCAGCCAACGCAAUAUAUGAGGGCUCAAUAUACCAAUCAAAAUCCACGCACCAAACAACCGGCCAUGUGUGGACAUUGUCAAUCCACAAACAAGAAGAAAAAGUGCAUUAUACAAUGAGAGCAAAAAAAAAAAUAUAUAUAUAUAUUGUAUAUAUAUUGAUAUACAGGGAGUAUCACAGGGAGUGCGCUGGCAAAACAACAUCGAGUAUUUUAAAAAUAUCUUAAUUAUAUUUGGCAUAAAUCAUAUAAGUACAUCAGACACCUUCUUGGGGUUGGCAAAGGCGUAUCACAAAUAAGACGAAUCUUGUAAUAAACCAAAGAUUGAGCAUAGUUGGACAGGCAUCGCAGGGACUGUGUCCGCAAAUGAGCACAUUAUUAUUUUAAAAUAUAUCAAAAUUUGCAUUAUGAACAUUAAAAAUAACAAUAAAAAACGAAAUCCCAACAAACAAAAUGAGGAAAAUCAUUUAAAACAUGAAAAAAUCACAGUAGGCGUCGCAGGGACUGACUGUAUCCUAAAAUACGUGAAAAUAAAAUUAUAUACAUUUUGGCAUACAUUAAAAAAUAAAUAUAUCAAUAAUUAAAUGUAAUUGGCAGCGCUGCAUCCGCCAAGAUGACCAAUCACUCGCAACCCGCUGCUGGCUGUUAUUGCCCGCCAAGCAGCACAAAUGUGGCAAUCGAGCCAGUUGGGCAAGUGCCAUGUGGCGGUGCACAGGGUCAAAAUGGUGAGAUGCGUUAUGGGCCACCACCACCGCCACCUGUGUACAGGAGACCUCCAAAUCAAAGAAUGUGUAAUCAUUGCAAGCGCAAGGGCAAGAAGAGGUGCAGCAUUCAAUGAGCGACGGUUACACAAAUCAACUCAACAUAAGCAAUCUCAGCUGGCAUUUCAAAAUUUCAGUAUUUAAAAAAUCAUUUCGAAAAUUUAGACUUCAAUUACAUACCCUAAAGCAUUAAGGAUGUCCUCGCCAAAGAAAGGAGCUAAAGGACCUCGUCCAGAGUGCCUUUGCACACCAGUACAACAACGGCAACAGCAACAACAGCAGCAGCAGCAGGCGCCAACUGUGCAGCAAGAGGCAGCCAAUCAGAAUUGCGUUUGUACUCCAUUGCCACAAGAACAACCGCAACAGGUUAUAGCAGUGCAGCGAGAGAUCAUACGAAUUCCCUGCGAUUCUGGACCAGCUAACAGCCAACAGCAACCGCAAGAACAACGGGUUACAACUACUCAGCCGGAGACCACACAAAUUACCUGUGGUCCUGGGCCAGAUGCAGCUGCCAAUCAGAAAUACGGUUGCACUCGAUUGCAACAACAGCAGCAGCAAGUGCAACAACAACAGGCUAGAGCCGUGCAGCAAGAGACAGCCAAUCAGAAUUGCGUUUGCUCUCCAUUGCCACAACAGCAACAACAACAGCAAGAGAUCAUGCGAGCUCCCUGUGAUAACGGAUCAGCUGCGGCAGCCAAUCAGAAUUACGGCUGUUGUCGUCAGCAGAGAAAAUCAAAAUGCAGCAUACAAUAAUGAUGUUAUCGAAAAGUUAGCAAAGCAGACGAUGCAAUUGAAGGCGAUAAUUAUACAUGGAAACUGAUCACUGAAUUGUUAUCGAAAUCGAAACGGUAUCAUCGCAGGCUGCAAUCGAUAAUAAAACCAAGCAGGCAUCAUAAAUUGGGGAAAAUGUUCAAUAAAUUGGGUAUCUUCCGAAAUGUUGACAGCAAAAA